AAUAACUAGCAUUGAAAUCUGCAACAGCUAACAUUACUCCUUUGUGUUUUUCGGGGCGUCUAAUGUAAGGUUUGCUUGAAGUUAUCUUCAGCGAUUUUAGACUUCAAGAAAAAGACUCUUUUGUCUGGUUCUCGAAACUGCGGGUUCAGUUUUGUAUCGGCUAUGUUAAAUUAUAGGUCUGUGGAGUUUCCUGCUCAGUGCGUAAGAUGCAAAAAACGUACUUUUGCAGACAGGCAAAGCAUAUAAACUAUCAUAACUUUGUGGUGUGCAAACACUGAUGGAAGUACUUCCAUUUAGUGGGGGUGUUAAGGGCUCACAAAAUGAUUCCUGAUGAGUCGCAUUGGAACCCCUUCGGAACAAAGCCAAGAUAUUACUGUCUGACUGUAGUGUAGCUAAGUAUGUUUGUCAGGACUGGAGGUUGGCCCAGGACGAGUUGACAUCGCUAAAGGUGGCAUGACGACAAUGAUGACCAAGCCAAAUAACAACAAACCUAGUUCCAGCACACCUUCCGUAUUCCCCAAGUUUAAGUGCAGCUGGCCCAAUUGCUCCUUCACGGCCAAACGCCGGGCACUGCUGAAGAACCACCUCAGGAACCACAGCCAGGAGAAGCCGUUCAAAUGCCGCUACUGCAGCUACAGCACCGAGUCCCGCAGCAACUGCAACGUCCACGAACAGCGUAUGCACACAUUCCAGAGACCACACAAGUGCCACUACUGUGCCUAUUCCUGCGUGCAAAGUACGACUCUUCGGCAGCACGUUCAGAUAAAACACAAAGAACGAUGCCAGUACCGUUGCUUCCAGUGUCGCAGCUUCUAUUGCCAACGCGAGAGCCAACUCAUGUACCACCUCCUGAAAGUCCACCAGACUACCACCAUCAGCGAGAUCUCCCCGUACCUGAACCCUACGUACCUCCCUGAUUACCUCCCUGCCAUGGCUGAGUUUGCCUGCCGUCAGACCGGUGACCAAGGACUAGCCAUCAGUAAUGCUUCCACCCAGCAACAACCAACGGAACCCUUACUGAACCAGCCACAGCAGAGCAGACGCUACGCUGCAGCCCAGCAGAAGGCUGUGCUGCAGAUCAGCCCAACCCCUUGUAAGCUGAUACGAUCCACCACCAACAGUUUUCCCACGAUCGGCAGCAGCGUGGUGACGCCCACAGUAGUGGCGAGCACGUUCCAGCCUAUCCAGGCGGGCAGGAGAAACUCAAGCGGAGCCUCCCAGUAUCAACGGCCGCAUCCGCAGACUACGAGGCAGGCGAGCCUGAAUGAUCUGUCCGAGCACAGUCUCCUUGCCAGCAGCUCUCUCAUCACCCCGCUGGACGGCGGGCCUGAGGUCAUCGAAAUAAUCGAAAAUGACGACGAGAGUGGCCUGACCGAGGAAAAGCCGGAUGGACAAAGCAACAAUGGCCUCUAUUGCUGCAGUCACUGCCUGUUGACGUUUACAGAUGAAAAUGGUCUCAUUAACCAUGUCCUUACCAUUCACCCUGAGACCACGUCCCUUGAGCAGAGGGAAACCACCGAGGAAGGCAUUCACCAGCAAGGCAUUACACACCAAGACAGCAUCACCAGCUCCAGCAGUUUUGUCGUCACGUAUCCAACAAACCAGUCGGCAAUGACUGAGGCUUCCCCAGUCUCUGUACCAAUCUCACACAGUGACUUUGCAGUACCUCCGGUCGUGAAGCAAGAAGAGUCGCCGGGCUCCCAGCUUUGCCCGGAAGUCUGGCCGUCAGUUUCGCACAUUGACGACAGGGUUCCGAGUGACACUCGGCGGCAAGAGCGGCUCAGCUCCGAGACGAUCUCAGAGAGCGCAUUUGCAAACGUCCAAAUCCAGCGAAGUGCCAGCAGAUCGAGUCAGGACGGCAGCCUGGGGCAGCCCGUUUCAGCCAGGGAGGGUACCCCCCUGCUCAGCAUGCCUUCACCCACCACAACACACAGCAACAGGGUCACAGUGUCGACCCAGACCGUUCCAUCCUCAGCAGAGAGGGGUGAAGCAAACCCGAGCAAAUUCCGCUGUGUCCAUUGCAACAUCGUUUUCCCGGAUAAUGUGCUGUUCACCAUCCACAGAGGCGCUCAUGGAUUCCGUUCACCGUUUGAAUGUAACUUCUGUGGCAAGGAUUGUGGUAACAAGCAUGAAUUUGCAUCUCAUUUGCAUAAUUGUUCUUGAUAGCUGACAGGCUCUUUGAAUUGAUAUCUUCAGCAAACUGUUAUUGCAGUCAAUCUUAAUCUUGUUAAAAUUAAACAUUUUAUCAACCAUAAAUCUUAUGUACAGUUUUGCACCCAUUUAUUGGCCCCACCCCGAAAAAAUGAGAUCUUGCAAGAGGUCCAUAUUACUUGCAGAAAAUUAUUGAAGAAUUUAACAUUUUUAUAAUGCCAUCACUUGACGCUUUUCAGUGUCAAAUAUAUUUAGUAUGUAAGUCGGCAAAUGUCGGCAAAUUCCUAUUUUCUAAUAUCUUUAACCCAAGCACAUAGUUUGGAUCCGUGGAGUAAUGUGAACUUAAACUUAUCAUAAUUAUUUCUGAAUCAACAAGUAAUAUGCCAUUUCUGUAAAUGCAUGCCAGUAAAUUCAGUUUCAAUUUUUAUCUGUAUACUUUAUAUGAACAAGUUUAACAACUGUACAUUGCAUGCAGUGCACGUUUUAAAUAUUUCACAAGUACGACCAGGCUUUAACAGGACUGGAUAUACCUUCCAAAACUAUUGCAUUGCCAAAAGGAAAGACUGAAGCUUGAUAACUUUUUAAUUUUUUAAGGGAAGUAAAAAAAGAAAUGUUCUGUGGUAAUAAUGUGACACCAAACAGCCAAAGCAAUUUUGUAGUAAUUUUUAGAAACUUUUGAAGAAUGUUUUUGAUAUAUUUUCUCUGCCUGGUCUGAUUUGUAAUUGAAGGCAUAUGAGUCAGAUCAAUUGCAUUACCCAAGGAAUUUGCCUGACAACUAUUAAUACCUAGAGAUUUUACCUGGUAAUAUGUUUUUUCUAAUUGAGCCAAAGUAAAGAAUGCACUGGUCAGAGAUCUCUCUUGUAACCAAAGAAAUACAUGUUUUCCCUGCGUUGCUCAGGCAACAUCUUCAUUAGAUUUGGAGUUCAUUUUCCUCAGACAUACUUAAAAAACAUGAAAUAAAAAGCAACUUGUAUGUUGGUCUUAAGCCUGCUGCCAACUGCAAAUUCCCAGUGGAAAAUGUCAGCAGUUUGUUUUGACUGUAAAUGGCUUUCAGUGGUCCAAGGAAAGAUCACAUUAAAUUUUCAUUUCCUUUUUCCUAGAA